UAACGUUGAUUGCCUAUAUUUACACAUCAGGGACGUAGUUGCCUAUGGUAAUUCAUUGUGUGCGUGACAUGAAUACCUUGUGUCACGCUCAAAUCAUGAUGUAAUACUGCGAAUCUAACAGAAUGGAAUAUUGGUUACCACAAAAGCCUGGCAGACGGUUUUGCGCUUUCGAACCGAGAUCGAGAGGCGUCUACAUUUGCGAGCUCGAUCAGAUAUGUUGCAAAACUGGAUGUUGUCCCAAUAUAACUCACAAUUACAUCAACACCUGGUACUUCUGGGUCGGGGUAACGUUGAUAAUCUUCUUUUUCUACGCCUUGGCCGAAUACUGCAAACGCAUGGAGAAAACCAGACUGAGGAGGCUGACCCACAGACUGGCACCGAACAGGAGAUUGGUGAGACAGCUCAGGACGCCACAGUUGAACGUCGACAAUUUUUUGGACCGGCUCAUUCAAUCCUAUUCGAACCCAACACCAGUUCAAACAAGACUGGAACGACCUGCUGAGCCUCCUUCGUACAACGAAGCUCUGGGUAUGCCCAGACCGUCGAAGAAGCGGGACUAUGUCACUGUGGAGGUGCAUCGAAAUGCGGACAAUCGAAAGAGGGAGGAAAUUUUAGUGCCCAGUUACGACGAAGCUUUACACAUUGACGAUAAUAUUACUGAUAAUAAUAAUAAAUGAGCGUGUUUUUGCCAAUUUGUUUACGUUCUUAUCGAAUCCGUUGGUUCGGGUACAGCAACUCGAGUCCGCGGAGUUUACGCAAAACGCACACGUUCGCCGGAAAAUCAAUAUGAGCGCACGUCGCGACGUCGCGACACCUUAACAGGGCGUCGUUCGUGCCGCGUUCGCCGGUUCCUCGACGUUCCACUGAAAAACAACCGAUUCCAUGAACUAGAACGACUCCAACGACCGUCACGAUGAGUGUCAAGAUGACACGAUAUACAAACGCUGACUUCGCAGAUGACGACAGCGUCAACAGCGUCCAACUGACCGAAGGGAUCAGUACAAGUGCAACUCAUAUCAGGUACCAUGCCGGCAACAGCAUCUGGAAACUGCGAUCUCCCUUAGAAAAAGUCUUGCUUCUCCUGACCGGCGUGCUGUUGUUCGUCGUCUUCAUCCUGGCUAUCAUCUUGCACGUGGCCGAGCACAAAAACAUGGAAAUAAUGGUCAACAACGACAAACUCCUGGAGGACGGUCCGUGCAUGAACGAGAGCUGCAUCCACAUCGCCAGCAACCUGCUCAAAUCCAUGGACAGCAAGGUGGAUCCGUGCGACGACUUCUACGCGUACGCCUGCAACGGCUGGAUCAAGUCCAAUCCGAUACCCGACGGCAAAUCGUCCUGGGAAACGUUCAUGAAGCUGGGACAGCAGAACCAGAACGUCAUCAAGCACGUGCUGGAGAAACCGUACGAGGAACUCAAGUCGAAGGCUGAGAAGAAGGCGAAGCUGUACUACGAGUCGUGUCUGGACGCCAACGACACGAUGGAGAAGCUCGGGGCGCAGCCUUUGUUGGAUGUUCUGGCCAACAUGGGCGGAUGGAACGUGACCGGUAACUUUAGCGUCAGCAACUGGUCGUUCCAGAAAGUUUUGCAAAUGGUCCAAAACAAAUAUAAUAUUGGGGCACUGUUCUCCUAUGCUGUAGGUGAAGAUGACAAAAAUUCCUCUAGGUACAUCCUCCAGGUUGACCAAAGUGGUCUCACUCUUCCAACCAGAGAUAACUACUUGAACAAAACCAAAGAACAUGUUAAAAUUUUGGACGCUUACUUGGAUUACAUGACAAAGACAGGGGUUUUGCUUGGAGGCGAAGAGAAGUCCACCAGGAUGCAAAUGAAGGCUGUCAUAGAGUUCGAGACUAGGUUGGCCAAUAUUACAACACCAAGUGACGUUAGACGAGAUGAAUCCUCUUUGUAUCAUCUUAUGACCGUUGAGGAAUUACAAGUUAUUGCAAAUUUUACUAAGUGGAGAGACUUUUUUGAAGACGCCAUGAGGAUAGUAUCCAGAAAAGUCAGUCCUAAAGAGCCGAUUGUUGUUUAUGCAGUUGAUUAUCUACGCAACCUGACACAACUUGUGAACGAGUACAACAGUACAACUCAAGGAAAAAUCGUUUUGAACAACUACAUGGUGUGGCAAACUGUAAGAGUUUUCGCACUGUAUCUGUCGAAGGCUUUUAGAGAUGCUUACAAAGAUUUUAGAACAGCCUUAAUGGGACCUGCAGGUGGGGAAGAACCUCAAUGGAGGUACUGUGUUGAAGACACCACCAAUGUUUUAGGAUUUGCAAUCGGAGCCAUAUUUGUAAGAGAGGUCUUCCAUCAGGAGUCGAAGGUGCGAGCUGAAGAGAUGAUAAACAAUGUUAGAAACGCCUUUAAGAGCAACAUCAAGAACUUAAAGUGGAUGGACGAAGAAACCAGGAAAAAAGCCAUAGAAAAAGCUGACGCCAUCUCUGACAUGAUUGGUUAUCCGGAAUUUAUUAAGAACGUGACAAAACUAGACGAAAGAUAUGACAAACUGGUAGUAAGGAAUGACACGUAUUUCAAAAAUAACCUCAACAUCUUCUUUUACAACUUAAGGAAAAAUCUAGAGAAAAUCGAUGAGAAGGUGAACAAGGCGACUUGGAGUAUGGCUCCUUCAACCGUCAAUGCAUAUUACACACCCACCAAGAAUCAAAUGGUCUUCCCCGCUGGUAUCCUACAAAAUCCUUUCUACGACCCAACCUAUCCACCCUACUUGAACUACGGAGGCAUGGGGGUGGUUAUGGGGCAUGAGCUGACCCACGGCUUUGACGACCAAGGACGUCAGUUCGACAAGGACGGCAACCUGAACCACUGGUGGAACAAUCGCACCAUCGACAAGUUCAAACAGAGAACCAAAUGCGUCAUCGACCAAUACCACGACUACAACGUGAGCGGUACCAACAUAAACGGCAACAAAACGCUAGGUGAAAACAUCGCCGACAACGGUGGUCUCAAAGCUUCGUAUCACGCCUACUUGGCCCUCAUGAAGGGCAAACCUGAGCCAAAACGUUUACCUGGCUUGAGCUUGAACCAUAGGCAGCUGUUCUUCCUGGCGUUUGCGCAGGUUUGGUGCAGCACGGUGACGAAGGAGGCGACCAACUUCCAGAUCGAGAAGGACUCGCACUCACCCGCCAAAUACAGGGUGAUUGGGGCGUUGAGCAACCUGAAGGAGUUCAGCGAGGAGUUCGGCUGCAAAGUUGGGGCGAGGAUGAAUCCCAAGAAGAAGUGUGAGGUUUGGUAGAUCUGAGGUGGGGACCACUUAUUUGUCGUUACGUUAAACUUUUGGUUUUUGAUAUAGCUUUGUAUAAUAAUAAUAGUGUUUAAACAAAACGGUGUCUCGUAGACACGCCUAACGAUGAAUGUGUUUUAUCAUAUCAAUUUAUUUAUGUAAAUUAUGUAUUUUAACUGUGAUAUAAUAAUAUAUGUAAAUAUUUAGAG